UGGCCACAGGCAUUUUUUUUCUUAAAGUACUGCUUUCUAGCAUCUGUAUCCUUCCACUCUUGUCUUCUGCUUCUCUGACCCAAGAACCUGGGGCUGAUUUCUAGGUCACUAAGUCUGGGGACUGGAUGAAUGUCCCUGAAGGGUCUACCACCACCGUGAUCCUUGGGGUAACCUCCUCAGUGCCCUCCUUGCCGCUCCCCAACAUCCUCCUGAUGGCCAACGUCACCUGGCCCCAGGGUCAGUUUUCCACCCGCAACACACCUGGCUGUGCUCCUGUCAUCACCCUCAGCAGGAUUCUCCCCCUGAAGUUUGUGGAGCUACGAAUCUGUGACCGGCUCCAGCGCAUCCUGCGGAUUAGGACAGUGACUGAGAAGAUCUACUACAUGAAGCUCCACGAAAAGCACCCGGAGGCCGUGUUUCAGUUCUGGAUCCGCUUGGUGAAAAUUCUGCAGAAAGGCCUGUCCAUCACCACCAAAGACCCGAGAAUUCAGUUCACCCACUGCCUGGUGCCCAAGAGGCCCUGCAGCUCCACUGAAACAACACCUGAAAGCAGCUGCCUGUCAUCCUCCCAGCCCAGCGAAAACUUCUUGCUGUGGAAAGCAGAGCAGACUAGCGACAUUUUCUCACACUUCCCAGGAAGAGUCAGCCUCACAGAAGACAGAAAACAGGCCACUGAAAUCAAGGAUUCCAAGAGCUGCAGGAAGACACCCUUGCCGGUGGCAUCUUCAGCCAAUGUGAUUGUACCGAUGAGAGCCAUGUUGAGCCACAGCCUCUGGGAACAAGAGAAUCCAGACGAGUGCUUACCACAGGCUCCUGUAGCCAGUUCCCUAGGAGAGAACUUACUGGGACCCUGACAACUGCCCAAACGGGUGAUCUUCCUGGCUUUAGUCAGCGCACUGGCUACAGCCUCCCAUCAUGCUAUGCUGUUUUCCCACCGUGGGCCAAUGACCAUGGGAGAAGUAAGGUGGUGUUUAAAACAAGGUGCUCCUAUACUUCCACCAAUAAACCUCC